AUGGAGGACGAUGCAGCUGCUUUUGUUCAAUGCUGCCACAAAUGUCAAAUUCUUGGGAACCUUGUUCACGCGCCUUCCACCCCUUUACACUCUAUAAGCAGUCCAUGGCCAUUUUACAGUUGGGGACUGGACAUUAUCGGAAAAAUCAAUCCGCCAUCAUCGAAGCAGCAGGAAUAUAUCAUAACCUCAACAGAAUACUUUACUAAAUGGAUGGAGGCCAUUCCUCUGCGAGGAACUACAGGAGCAACAAUUGCGGCUUUCAUUAAAGAGUAUAUCAUUUUCCGUUUUGGUGUGCCUAAGCAUAUUAUCACUGAUAAUGGCACUCCCUUCGUCAACAAACAUGUACGAGAGUUACUUGAAGAAUAUGGAAUUAAGCAGGUCUUCUCCACUGUCUACUACGCUCAAGGAAACGGAAAAGCUGAGAGUACCAACAAGACGUUGAUCCGGAUUAUCAGUCGAACAGUACAUGACAAUCAUAGAGAAUGGCACGACCAGUUACCAAUGGCGCUAUGGGCAUACCGGACGUCACCCAGAAUCUCCAUUGGAGUUUCUCCAUACUCACUUGUUUACGGUGCGGACGCAAUUAUGCCAGCAGAGAUCAAAAUCCCAUCAGGCAGGAUUGCAGCAGCAACCGGGGUCCACUGGAACGAGGAUGAAGCAUUUAACUCCAGAGUAGCUGAGUUAGACACUCUGGAUUUCAGAAGAAGUAAAGCAGAGGAACGCAUUCAAGUGUACAUGAAUAGAAUUUCCAGGGCGUAUAAAAAAACUGUGAAACCACGUGUUUUCAAAGCUUACAGUACCGGCUACUACAAGAUCAUGAAGAUGGACGGGGGCAAGUUAGAAGCAGUCAACAACGGAAUAUGGCUCAAGGCAUAUCAUGCUUGA